UACGCGCAGGUAGGGGUUAGAAGCAUGGCGGAAGAAGAAGAGUUUGAUGUAGGGAGUCUGAGGAAAGAACUGGAAUGGAUAGAGAACGAGCUGCGAAUGUCCCUGGGCCAAGUUAGCGCGUCUAACGAGUACUGUCUGAAGUUCUGUCGAGUAACUGAAUGGCAUGCUGGGAGAUGGCAGGUACCUUUGCCACUCGUUCAUGUGCUUAAGAGUGCUGUUUGCUGUUUUACCAAAGCUAGACCCUUUCUUGCUCCAGAAUGUGAACACAUCCAAUACGUCUUGAGCCGCCUGGCAUUGAGCUGCUUUGAAGUAUUGCUAUAUUGCAUUGAAGAUGAUUCAUCUAAAGGGUUCUGGGAAGAAUUUUUAAAUACCAUUCAGGAAUGUCACAACGUUUUGCAAAAUGACUUAAAUGCAGAAUUUGAUGUACUAAUCAGGUUGAGUAGAAAUGGAGGCCCAUGGCAAAAUCCAGUACUGGUGUCUAUCCUUAACCAAGAGUUAGUAACUCAGGAAUUAGUAAAUGAAUACUUGGGAUCAGAAUCUCCAGUGUUCUUUGAAUAUAGAGUGAAAUACUUGAUGAAGUAUAAGCAUGUUGGAGAAGCAAUCACGUUGACCAAAUACUGUGUAAACCAUCCUCAAACCGGCACAAACAAGUACUUUCUCCACUUGUUUUUAACGUGGCUAUGCCGCUCAUCGCCAGAAGAAGUCCUGUUGCAGGAGAUUUCCAGAAUUGACUGCCAGGAAGCUCUUGAUGUUAUUUGUAGAUUGGAUUCAGAAGGGCAGGUGGAACUAGCUUGGAUUUUGUGUGUGGCAUUCCUUACUCAGCAGCUACGAAAUGGAGACAUGUAUUGUACUAGGGAGUUGAUACUAGUGUGGAGCAAACUGCAGCUGCAACUUGAUUCAUCCAAGCAACACUUUCUAGAGAAAUGUCGUCAUCUUUUACUUACCUCCAGAAAUGUGAAUCAUAUCUUCCUCUUUAUUAGGGUCAUUCAGAAUGAGGCUGGAACUGAAGGCUUGCAGUUCUGUGUGGAGCUGUGUGCACGUGCUCUACGGAUAGAUUACCAAGAUGAACCAAAUACUAAAACUUUGGUGUGUAAAACACUCUCCUAUCUGCUGCCAAAUGAUUUGGAUUUCUGUAGAGCUUGCACCAUUACAGUUUUUUUCUCUGAGUGCACUUUGGAAUCUUUCCACGCUGUUGAAAGUCUGUACAGUCAGCCAGAUCAACUAUACACUGAAGAUACUAGCUUGGUUCCAAGUUUCCUUCGCUGUGAGCUGCUGCUUGUUUUAAAAACCACCUGGCCUUUUGAUCCUGAAUUUUGGGACUGGCGGAUUUUGAAGAAAAGCUGUCUUGCUUUAAUCCGUAACAAAGUAGCCUUAACUAAUACACAUGGAUGUAAACUAGUUUCAAAGCAUGGAGAUAACUUGUCUUCUGAUGGAAAUUCAAAAAUCAAGAAUAAGGAGAAACAUAAUAAAAUGUCACAGUUAAUCCCAGGUGCAUCCAGAGCAGAUGGUCACCUUGCUUCAAUGCAUCGCUGUAUGUUAUGUAAAAAGGAAUUUCUUGGUGGGCACAUUGUACGCCAUGCACAAGUUCAUCCGCAAAAAGGUGCCUUCUCUUGCCUAAUUUGUGCAAGAAAAUUCAGAUUGAGGGGACAAAUGCUUAAGCAUUUAAAGACUCAUGUGAGAAAACUUCAAAAGCAAAAACUUGCUGCUCGGACGAAUACUAAUGAAUCUUCCACUGUUACUGAUGGUUUGCAGGAAACCUGUACACACAUUAAUGGGGUUCUUGGUAGUGAAAACAAACCAGUUUCUUCAGAAACUGCUAGUGUAGAUGAACAGAGUAAAUUCAGAAAGUUAACAGGGGACAAGGAUAACAGAAUUAGUAUUGCUGAUGUUCCUGAUGAGCCACAGUGUUCAACUGAUCUGCAUGAAGCACUAAAUGAACGUUUGGAAAUUCAGGAAGAUCCUAAUAAAGAUGUUGCUCCUCAACCGGAUGACGAUAUGGUUGCUCAAGUGACAAAGGAAAUAUUUGGUUCAGAUACAGCUACUGUUCAAACUGGAAAGAACACUCAAAACUGUGUUCUUAGUAAGCAAAAUUCGACUGCUCACAAAAAUAAUGGAGCUCUAUGCAGACAAGAACAGAUGCAAGAUGGUUCUGUUUCAAAAGACAAAUUGGAAAAUGAGAGUGGACACGAAAGUUUCCUGUCUUGUCCAGGCCAUGGCUGUUCAAAGGUCUUCAGUAAGAUUCAGUUUCUGACUAAACAUGCACGGAAAUGUCACUCCUCCGAUGAAAAUGUGCAAGAUUACCUAAUGAAGUGGUAUAAGGGCAAGUGCCGUUAUUGCCAAAGAAAAUUCACACAUUCCCAGCAUUUAAUUGACCACCUUAAAAGGCAUCAGUAUCCAAAAUUGUACUUCUGUUUACAAUGUGGCUGUGGCCAGACAUUUAAAUCUGCUUCUGAACUUGCAACUCAUACCAAGGAUCAUGAAGCUUUUCGGGCACAGUGCAGCUUUCGUGACUGUGAUAAAUUGUUUGAUGAACUUGACAUGCUUUAUGAGCAUGAGGCACAGCAUUAUUUAAGUGGCAAACCUAUCCGGCUCACUGAACAUGAUAAAAAUGUUCAGACAAGCAAAGUCCUGAGCCACCGAGAAAAGGCAAGCGAAGACGAAUGUUUAAAAGGUGAACAAAAUCCUAUGGAAUUGCUAGUUCCAUUGUGGAAGUCGCGAAAAGAGUUAUCAGAACCAAAGACCUAUCUUCACAAUAUGGUUAGCAAGCAAAAUGGAAAUCAAAAUGGAGAUGGCAAAUUAAAUGAUACUCUGCAUAUUUCUGAAUCAGAUGAGAAACCCCUGCCUGUUGAAACAGGCAAUGAGAACUGUUGUAUUAAUAAUAAACAAAUAAUAAAUGGGCACAUUAACCUGAAAGACACUUUGAGUGAGUUAAACCCUACAAAUCCAUUUUACUCAGGUGAUACAUCAAGUGAUGGCGUUGCUGAUAUAGAUAAGACUUGUCUUAUAAAAGAUGCUUCAAACUCAGAGUCUACACCAACAGUGUUGAAUAACAGUGUUUCAAAAGGUGCUGCAAUGGACAUGUCACAGAAUGCCAGCAAUCUGUCACAACAGAGUAAUGUUCAUCCAGCUUUGCAGGCAUCCUCUAGCCAAGAACAGAAGAUUAGUAGUGGAAGGGAAGAACAUAAGGGCUAUGGCAGAUUACAUAAGUACUACAGACCGCAGCCUCCAAGCUACCUAGAUGAGCGUUAUAUCAGUAUGCCAAAACGAAGGAAAUUAGCCACAGAUUCAAAUCAGCCCCCCAGUUCACAUGCAAAUGCAAUUAAUGUGAAAAAUGAACGACACAUAUGUCGGAAAUGUUUCAUGAUCUUCAACAGCAUUGAAGCAUUAGAAGGGCACAGUACCCGGGACAAUUGUAGACCGCUGUUUGUUAUGGAAUCGGAUAGUGAUUAAGGUCGCUAGGGAUUCCUUCCAAGAGAAUGGACAUUCUGACAUAUCCAUUGAUAGUUAGACUAGGAAAUCAAUUUUACCGUACUGUGCAGAGUUCAUCUCAACUUAAUCCAAGUGCCACGUAAGGUCUAUACGCUCAGCACACUAAAAGGUCAAAGAAGACAAAAUAUAAAGUAUACAUAUUUGAGAUGGACGCCAAAUUUAAAAGCAGUAGCACUUGUUCACGAAGUGCUCCUAAGCUGAAGGAGUCAUGAAGUGUGAAUAAAUCUGCGAUACAUUGUAGAAAUGGAUAUGAAGUGCAGAUCUGUAAAAUGCACAAACUUUGAUCUUACCACACUGAAUCGGAAACCAGUGCAGUACAAAAAGAGCAGUAGUCUAACAGCACAAUAGGAGAGAACCGGAAAACUUGUGCGGGCUAAAUCUUGUUGGAAUAGGGCAUCUCAGUCUGCACAGUUCGACUUUUUCCUGCACCCUUCAGUUUAAAUAUAAUUUGUGCAGUAUCUUGCUUGAAAUGUGAACUAAUGACAGGGCACGUGUGUGGGACUUAGUCAAAACAAAACCACAAUGUAUCUAAAUCAGUGAAAUUUAUGUUCUAGUAAAUGAAGUGUCAAAACAGAAAAGGAUUGUGAUUUAGACUCCAGUCAGGUUAGGAAAUAAAGAUUGGAUUAUGAGAGAAAAAAAAUUAAAGUUUCUUUAAAUCUGUAAGGAGGUACUGCAUGCAGGGUUGAAGCUUAUUGGUUUAAAUUGAGGCCAGAGAUGUUGACUGAUGUUGAAGUAAUAAUUAUCGCAAUAGGGUGCUUGGGUCGUUAAUUAUGAGCACUAAAAAAGUAGGGGUUCUUAUCUGGCAAUUGAUGUGCAAAUCCAGCAAGUUCUUAAUGGGCAGGCUAAGUGAAGAUGUCGUUGAAUGUGUGGCAAACUAUAAAGUGUCUUAAUUUGACCAGAAUAUUCUGGAGAUUUAUAACUUAAUGGGGUUCCUCUUUUGAACAUGCUGGCCGAUUUGCACAUUUGUAAUGCCAUGCAUCCUGAACACUCGAUUUAUCUUUUCUGGAAAAUGUAGGUUGUUGUAAAUGCUGUUAAGGAUAGGUGUGGUAAACCCAAGUUAGUUAAGCACAGUUGAAGAGUAUAAAGCUAUUCAUUAUAACAGCUUAAGUGGAACUGAUGUACAUGCCUGGUUGUCUUCCAAAAAAAAGGUGCAGUGUUGAAGAGUUUCUGCUCUUUAAUAUGUGCUGAAGAAAUGAGAGGUGAACAAAACGUUUAAAGUUGACUAGCAUAAUAAAGUUGUUUUCUUCUUUCUGGGUGCAUUAUCUUCCAUUGUGAUACAAUGAGGAUAUUGACUGUACUUAUUGCGAUUGUUAAGGCUCUUAUUGUUAGUUAAACACUGGACUUUGACUCCCAGUUUUUCUACUUAAGAUUUUAAUGCUACUUUUAUAAGGCAUUUGGCAUAGCAUGCACCUUAGUAAAACAUGCAAAAAUGCUUAGCUCUUUAAAGACUAUUGCAUUAAGGAUGUAGUGUAUUUUAUUCAGAAUGUUUUUUUUACCUCAGAAGCAGUGUGCUAAAGCUUAGUCCUAAUGCACUAAAAUAGCUCUUGAUAGAGCAUUUCAAAUCUGAACAUUUUGUUCAUCUUAACUCAAAAGAAAAUCCAAAGUGAAAUUAGACAGAUUUAUAGAAGAAUUUGCAAGCAUUCUGUUCCUAAUUGGUGUUUGCUUCCAAUAUGAAAAUGAAAGGGUAACAAUCAGAUAGUAGUCACCUGUGAAAUUUAAAAUCUGCCUUGAUCUGAAUCGAAAGCAUUGAUCGAUGGCCUUAACUUUGCAACUUUGAAAAUGCUACAGAAGUGAAGAAAAAUGAGUUAACUGCCACAAAACUAAAAUGUUAAAUGUGUUCCUAUCUUGUGCAUUACAUGAAAUGUGGAAGGGGGAAAGCAAUAAUGAUACGUCUGAAGGUGAUAUGCAAAUUUUUUUCAAUUUACACUGAACUCACUUCUUGGGCAAACAGGCCCUCAGUUCAAAUGCCUUAUGUUGAAUGCAGGGAGAUCGUUAGCUGCAAAAGAGUGCUGAUUUUCUUCUAAAUUUGCCAUUAGAAAUUUAAUAAUUUUGCUUUAAAUUCCAUUCAAUGAUCUUCACUCUGCACACAAUAACAAAGCAUCCAUAAUGACAAUUCAUCACCUACUGUUGCAUCUGUGGCAUUGCUGUGUGCUGGCUUGCCUUGGAACUUGUAUUUAGUAUUGGAAAAUGAGGCAACAAUGCAAGCAACUGGCUAAAUAUGCCAUGAUCUGGGAAUUGUUGAAGAAAGUCAACCUUUUCAGAAAGGUGAGAUCAUUUUAAGGAGUUUUUUUAGGUUUAAAGUUGUAUAAAUAAAACCAUAAAUCAUAAGCAGAAGUGCAGGAAAGAUGGAUGUUAGUGUUCAACUCAUUAAGCAAAGUUCUUUGCCUCAGCAAAGUUCAAAUUCAGGACCAAGGUCACUGUUUGUUGAUUUGUCUGUUAAUGAACAGCAUUACAUUCAUGUCUGUCUGUGCAUGUGUGCGCGCAUGUUUAGUGGAAUCAUUACUCCUGUAUGCUUAAGUCUGGACAAAAUGUGUCCAUAAAAUUUGGAGCACUGUCAAAUUACUUUGGAAAGAUGAUCACCAUGACGAGUUAAACUGAGAGCACACCCCUUAAUUUAUUCUCUGGCACAUGAGCAUACAAUUGUAUGUAAUGUAUUUUAACACAGCACAAUUUUGUUAAUAACUUCUUGUUAUGAAGAUUCAGUCAUUUAUAGUUCUGCAUUCAUCUUGAACAGGCCCAUUGGUCUGACAAAAUGCAUGCAAUCCAGUAAAGUUUGAAGACCAGUUCUUUACAUUUGACCAUUUUUGAGUGGUAGCACCCAUCAGCACUGUUUUUGCACAAGUCGAUGUUGCUUGUGUUAUCUACACUGAAACUAUUUUUGUAACAACACUAAAAUGAUCACUUGCAUAAAAUGUCAAGUUUGGAUAAUGGUAAUAUGGCCUGUUGAGCUCUGGUUUUAGCAACAUUUUUGCCUUGUUUUCAAGAGAUCUUUCUGCAUGUAAGACAAAAAGAUCAAGGUUGGAAAAUUUAGGGAACUAAUUUUAUGAUUAGUGACUUCCAGUUCGGAGUACCAAUUUAAUGGCUGAACUUUGUAAUGUUGUAAUGAAACCUUAAUAGGAAAGAUCAAGUAGGAUUAAUGAAACUGGAAGCCCAUUUGGAAGACGUAACAGCUUGUGGCAAUGCAAUAGAUGCCAUUUCAAACCGUCCAAAAUCUUGACAGCAUUAAAUAGUUGCAUUAGAUGUCAUUGCACCUAAUUUUAUAUUUGGGCCUUUUCCUAUUAUCACAUUGAAUAAGAUUUCAGUUUUGUCCAAUUUUGACAUCUGUGCAUUAUAACAAGCCAGAAAAUGUUCCUGUUGAAUUACUUAACGGUCCUGAAUAUAGUAGCUGUGUCUUGGGUUAAGAUAGUAAAUGACCAGUGGAUAAAGGCACAUUGACACAAAUUACAAAUUCCUGAGUAGUGCAUUACACUAUGUACGGAUAUGAUGUAUCUGUUGACAGUUACUGUUGUGUCCUGUAGUAAUAAAAUAUACAACUACUGUUCUAAGUAGGAAAAUGUACAUUGGAGAAUAUUUUUAAUUUUUGCGAUCUGAUUUAUUAACUGUAAAGUUUCCUACAAAACCUGGUCCCUAAGAGGAAGUAAAAAGUUAUGAACAAGCAGUCUUCUAAAAUUUAUGAGUAAUAUGCAGAUACCUUGUACAGACAGUGUUGCUUGAAAGAAUGCAAACAAUUAAUGAUCGUAAUUGCCCAUCUGUGCAUUAUACAAGCAGCAGUUCAGAUUUUCAUUUAAAGCACUUUAAAGUGCAGUUGUCAUUCUCAGGUCAUUUUUCUGGGAUUUUCCGUCACAGCAUUAUUUCCUCUUAGUUUUGUGAUAAUUCAAAAGUAGCUCCUUUUUAAAGAACUAUUUAUUUCUUUUCUUUAUUAAAAAAAAGCACUGAUAACUAAGGGAGCAAAGCCUUAUGUGGUAUCAAUGUUUUCUUGUAUUUUUAAACUGAGAUUGGAAAAGAAAUUCCACAAGAUUAAAUACACUUUGAAAUGUUAACUUUUGCACUUUUCUCUAUUGAUUAUUUGUAAUGGAACUAUUUAAAAUUUGGUUUGGCAAGUUCUACAUUUUGUGCUGCUUGUUGAACAUUGUACAUUAUUCUACCUUUAUGCUUGUUGAUACAAAGCUCAAACUGAGCCAUAAAUGAACAGCAGUCAUUCUAAUGAAUAUGGCCUAGAGUUUAAUUUUGAUGCAGUUCUGAAAACAUGAUUCAAAAAGUUGGGUUUUUGUAUGUUGCCUGAAUUUAUUGAUUAAAAAUCACUCUUGUCUCCAUUUGUAUGUAUUACAUUUCCCACGAUCCAACUAUAUAGUUGGUAACCAAACAGUGAAUCGAUAAGUACAUUGUAUUGUCAUUUGUGACCAAUCGGGAGUUAGCAGCUGGCUUAAUGUAAAAAUACUCUCUUUCCUACUGUCUGUCCAAAAAAUAAUUACUUCCUGAGCAAAUCAAUUGGAAAUGUGCUUCUCACCUCAUUGUCUAACUGAUUCUUUUGGAUAUGAACCUAGGCUGAAAUUGACUUUUGCUUUUACUUCCCAUGUUGUGUAGCAUGCAGUUGAGAUCAAGACACUGUACAUGAGAAAACUGAUUGCAUAGAUUAGAUAAUCAUGCCCUUCAUUUUGGUAAAGGUGCCCUUGCAGUCUUGCAAAAUAAAUGAUUAGAAUUGGGAGCACAGAUAUUACAAAUCAUGUAACAAUUUCCUGAAAGUUCAAGAGAAUGUAAAUGUGUGAUGAAAUGUUUUCCCCCUAAAAUGUUAUAGAAUAGAGCAUAUGUUCAAAAUUAUUGAAAGAAUUGAGACUGAAAUGUUUUUGUCAGUUGGACAAGAACCAAGAGACACAAAACAAUGAUUUUAGAAGUAAAGAGAAUUUGGGAAUUUAUUUUCAUAAUGGGCUAUUAGGAUUUAUGCACUAAAAUACAGCAUAAAUGAGUCACUCUACGAUUUGUAUGUUAUCUGCCUAUACUGCUCACAGAACAAAACUUUUUGCAUUAUUUGACAAUGGCUAAUUUGUUUUAUUGUUGUCACAAUCAGAAUGCAGAAGUGAAAAACACAUGUAAAAUCUUUUUUAUAUUUAAAAAAAAUGCUCGACUGGAGCUGGUUACACCAUAUCAGAAUGAUCUAUAAUUCAAUGAUUCUAAAUAUUUCAUCUCUAAUUUAAUUUAGAAAUGGGCAUUUAAUUUGCUGUCUAUUUCAAAGCUUGCUGCUAAGAUACUGGAGUAAAGAAGUGUUAUGCACAGUGUUCACUAAAUAAAAUAGCACUGGAUACAGUAAAGGUUACAUGAACCCACUUAGCAUCUUGGCUGUUUUACCGAGGGCUUGUGCUCCAGAAGAUGCUGCGUCCCUUCCUAGGUUGUUCCGUUACAGCUGCUACGUUAGCAUAUACCACAAAAACAGGGCAAAUUCAGUCUCACCACUGACCUCCCUGUCACUUGAUGUGAUCAUUGGCAGAAUGAUGGAAUGUAUCAUUGAUGGUACUAUGGAGUGACACUUACAUAGCAGUCACCUACACACUGAUCCUCAGGUUGUGUUCUGUAGAACUCCUGCCACCAUUACAGCCGUGGUUCAAAUACCGUUACAAGACAGAGUUACAUUGAAAUACAGGCUAUAAGCAUUCAGGAGACUUGGCAAAAAAUUAAGACAUGAAGAAUAAAGGGUGCAUGGGAUAAUGAAGUCACACCAAGCCCAAGGGCCAGUGCUUGUUUAAAGUCAAUAAUUUUAGCUCCAGCACACUGCUGCAGGAAUUCGCUAACAUAAUGUUUUAGGCUCAACAUUUUCAUUAAUGUCUUCCUCUGUUAUAAGGUCAGAAGUGGGGAUUUUCACUGAAUUAUGGGUUUAGCAUUGAUUACUUCAAAACCCAAAAAGUUGGAAACAAUGCCCACGUGCAGCAAGAGCUGGAUAAUGUACUGGCUUGGGCUGAUGAGUGGCAAGUGAUAUUUGAGGCACUCAAAUACCAGGUGCUGUAUAUGUCCAAUUGUAUUCUAUGACCCACAUGUGAACACCUUGGGUUUACUGUUGACUGUAAAUAUAAAUAAUACAAGAUCAAGUCAGUGUUUGGGAUUUCUGUGGUGACUGACUAACUUGGUGGCUUGACUAAAGGAAGUCAAUCAUCUAUGAGGUACCAGUCCAGAGUAAAAUAGAGAAUAUUUUAUUUGUCCAGCAACAUUCAAAAAGCUCAAUAUAAUCCAGAAUAAAAUAAUUUGUUUCUUUUAGCAUCCUAUUUGUUAACUUAAACAUCUACUUUUCCACAACCCAUGCAUCUUAUCAGUAUUGUUUUGUAUACAAGAGAACUGCAUCAACUCACUAAGCUGCGUUUGGCAGUAAUUUACAGACAGAAACUUCUCCAUUUAAUAGAAGGGUCUUCAGAUGCAAGUGCCCCUCUAAUCCUGCAAAACCCUGAGUUUAAAAACCUUGGAGCACCUCAACAGCACUGUAGGCUACCCACUGAUGUAGUGCAGUUCAACGUCAAAAUUUGAGACUAGUCAUUUUGGUUCUGGUCAAAUAUUCACCUGGGCUCCAUGUGAUUAGAACAGUACAGUACAGAAACAGGCCCUUUGGCUAUCAUGUCUGUGCCAACCAUGAUUCUAUUCUAAAUUAAUCACAUCUACUUUACACAUAACCCCUAUCCUUGUAUUCCCUGCCUGUUUAUGUCUGGUAACUUUCCCAGAGGUUAUUAGACAACGUACCUGCUUCUACCCUGGCAGCACAUUCCCAGCCACCUACCAUCCUCCAGGUUUUAAAAACCUUGCUCAAACAUCUCAAUUUUCCCUCUCACCUUUUAAACCUACGCACCCUGCUAUUUACACUUGUACCCUGUGAAAAAGGUUCCAAAGAUCCAUCUUAUCCAGGUCUUUUAAUUUUAUGUACUUCUAUCAGCUUUCCCCCUCAGCCUCAUCUUUUCUUAGCUAUAUUUAAGGAAUGUAAUGU